UUAGGGUCUCCUUAUAUCUGUCAUGGAUUUAUAACGGCUGAGCCACACAGGUGUAUUAUUUGAUAGAAACGCAUUUCCGUAACCGGUUUGUUGAAGCAAGAGACUGAGUUUUUUUUGUAACGGAGCAGAGAUAGAGAUUUUGUUCGUUUGGCUGCGGUGACGUACUCUGACGUAUCGCCCGCUGUAGUGAGUGACGCGGACAGCUGAGUAGUCGCCCGCCGGUCGGCACAGAAUUUUCAGGAAGACAUCAACAGAGAGGCGGCCUGCAAAGUAGCGGUUUUGUACGUGGCGUUGUUACAUCUGAGAACAACAAGAAACUGUUGAACACAUUGAACUCGGAGACGUCCACACUGUCGGGCACAUCUCAGCAGAAGAAGAUGGCGAACGAGGAAGACGUCUUCACGUUCCAAGACCCGGGUCAUCCCGACCACCUCAUGUCCGGUCUACAGGAGCUGCGCAAGGAAUGCCGCUUCUCUGACGUCAUCAUCUGUGUGGGGGCCACCGAGUUCCCCUGCCACAGGGUGGUCCUUGCGUCUGCCAGCAGCUACUUUAAGGCCAUGUUCUCCGGCGAGCUGCGGGAGAGUCUCGCCACCAAGAUCGUCAUCCACUCCGUGUCCGAGAGCAUCAUGGAACUGCUCCUGGAGUUCUCCUACACGGGCCGAGUGGACAUCACCCAGAAGAACGUGGAAGCGCUUCUGGAGGCGGCUAACCUGUUCCAGUUCGGCACGGUUCGCGAGGCGUGCAGCCGGUACCUUCAGCAGAGGAUAGACGCCAGUAACGUGCUGGGCUUCCACGAGUUCGCGGAGGCGCACAACUGCACCGAGCUGUCCGAACUCGCCAAGGAGUUCGUCAUAGACAACUUCCUGGAGGUUUUCCAGACGUCCGGGGAAUUCUUACAGGUUACCCAGGAGAGGUUGGUGGAGUACAUCUCUGACGUGAACCUACAGAUUGACAAGGAGGAACAGGUGUAUGAGUCAGUCAUGCAGUGGGUUCGCGCAGACGUGGACAAUAGGCUCAGCAUCUUACACAAGGUGUUGGAGCACGUCCGUCUGCCGUUCAUCAACCCGCGGUACCUGGUGGCGAAGGUGGAGACAGAGCCGCUCAUCCUGUCUUCUCCCGCCUGUAUGGAGCUGGUACAGGAGGCACGGCGCUACCACGUCUUCGACUAUGAUAGAGCAGAUCAGCCGAACAUCCGGAUGAAGCCCCGUCCGUGUUUUGACAUCUCGGAGGCGAUGGUCGUGGUGGGCGGCUGCAGCGGAGGCGACACCAAGCUGGCCAAGGUGGACUGUUACGACCCGAAAAACAACGCCUGGCACACGCUCUCAGACUUACCGGAGUACAACAGGGAAGGAUAUGCAGUUGUUGCCCUCGGAAACGACAUUUACGUGACAGGCACGACGGACGAGACCAUCACGAGCGAUGGCUGCGCCACCACUUGGAAGUACAGUACCCAGUCGGACCGCUGGAUGACCAUGGCGCCCAUGCUCAAGUCGUACAAGUGCCGCGCGACCGUGGUGCUGCACGGGCAGAUCUACUUACUGGGCGGGACGGACAUCAACGGGCCGGUGGCGGAUGUGGAGAGAUAUGACCCGUUCUCUAACUCGUGGGAAGAGGUCCAGCCGAUGAUCAAAGCCAUGAAUGACUUCACAGUGGCGGCUUGCCGGGGGAAGCUGUACGUGAACGGCCGGUCCCAGGGCAGUGAGAAGAUCCUGUUCCAAUGUUUCGACCCUUCGACGGACACGUGGAACUUCAUCGACAACUCCGUCAUGCCGGAAUGGUCCCAAGUGCCGCAGUCCAUCACUCUGAACGGGCUGAUAUAUUACCUGCGGGACGACUCCAAGGAAGUUGACGCGUACGAUCCCAUCGCGAACCAGUGGGUGGAAGUGGCACCGAUGAAAGCUAUGCACUCCAGCGGCAGCGUUUGUGUCAUCGACGGGAAGAUCUUCGUGUCGGGCGGGUUCGGUGAGCUGGCCGAGUCGAACUUGAUCGAGUGUUACGACCCGACGUACGAUAAAUGGGCGUACUCCGGCUCGCUACCGGAGCCCAGGUGUUACCACUGGUGUGUCAGCAUACUCAAGAAGGUAGAACACGGAGAUGAAGAGGAAUAGUUCAAGUUGAAUUUUAGCACCCCCGCCUUACAACUCCUAUGCAGAAAAAACGCUUAGAAAUUCUACAGGCUGGUGUCCUGAUGAAACGCAAGAUUUUCUCCAUGUAGGAUUUUCUUACAUGCAUAUUCACAAGCUCCCAGCACAUAGAUGUUUGUUUCUCACUUAUUUUAAGGUUUCUAUUAGGGCGCUGUGUUCGAGCCCAUUGAGGAUCAUACAAGGAAAUACUGUAUUGUUGUAUCAUACUUCAUUCUUAAAUUCUCUACAGUAGGUCAUAACAUAUUUGCUGCAAAAGUGAGUGACCAAGAGAUGAGAAAGGAAAGGGCAAAGGAAAGUACAAAGUAGUAGUUGAGGAUUGUAGCACGAGAGGUUGAAAAAAGAUGUUACCAUCUCUAAGACAUGAGAGAGACUGGUCCAAGAGAGAAGGUUGGAUCAUACUACUGUGUUACAUGUAAAGGUGUGAGUGAUUGGAAAUAUGUCAUUCUGUAAAGGUUUUGUGGUGUCAAUUUAAAAUCAACUCAGGAAUGCCUGUGUUUGGAUUGAUGUCAAAAAGUGCGAGAAAUGAAGAUGAAAAAAGGACGUUGGUGAGAGGAGUGAUGUACAAAGUCUGGAAUAAUUGUAAAUUCACAAGUUCCCUACACCAGGCAGACUUCAGAACCAUGUAUGUGUAAGUCACUUAGAGCGUUGUAACAGUGAUGAUGUUACAAAACUGCACCUCUCACUUGGCAUAGCCAGGUCUACGAAUGUGUUGAUGAAUUGCAUUGGUGGAUAACUGAAGUUUGUCUGGUGUAGACAUUGAUAAUUUCAGCAUAAAGGAAAUUAUAAUUGUAUCCAUGUCAUGUAUAGAAGGGAUGUUCAUUUUGUCAUUAAA